UUUACAGAUUUCCAGAAAGCCACAGAGUACCAUGAACGCGACCUCAAAAUUUCCAAAGAAGUGGGAGACAGGGCAGGAGAAGGAAAAGCGUACUGUAAUCUUGGCAACGCCUAUGGCAGUCUUGGAGAUUUCCAGAAAGCCAUGGAGUACCAUGAACGAGACCUCAAAAUUUCCAAAGAAGUGGGAGACAGGGCAGGAGAAGGAAAAGCGUACUGUAAUCUUGGCAACGCCUAUGGCACUCGUGGAGAUUUCCAGAAAGCCAUAGAGUACCAUGAACGAGACCUCAAAAUUUCCAAGGAAGUGGGAGACAGGGCAGGAGAAGGAAAAGCGUACUGUAAUCUUGGCAACGCCUAUGACAGUGUUGGAGAUUUCCAGAAACUCAUAGAGUACCAUGAACGAGACCUCAAAAUUUCCAAGGAAGUGAUAGACAGGGCAGGAGAAGGAAAAGCGUACUGUAAUCUUGGCACCGCCUUUUACUGUCUUGGAGAUUUCCAGAAAGCCAUGGAGUGCCAUGAACGACAUCUCAAAAUUUCCAAAGAAGUGGGAGACAGGGCAGGAGAAGGAAAAGCGUGCUGUAAUCUUGGCAACGCCUAUGACAGUCUUGGAGAUUUCCAAAAAGCCAUAGAGUACCAUGAACGACACCUCAAAAUUUCCAAAGAAGUGGGAGACAGGGCAGGAGAAGGAGAAGCGUACUGGGAUCUUGGCGACGCCUAUGACUGUCUUGGAGAUUUCCAGAAAGCCAUAGAGUACCAUGAACGACAUCUCAAAAUUUCCAAACAAGUGGGAGACAGGGCAGGAGAAGGAAAAGCGUACUGUAAUCUUGGCAACGCCUAUGACAGUCUUGGAGAUUUCCAGAAAGCCAUAGAGUACCAUAAACGACACUUCAAAAUUUCCAAAGAAGUGGGAGACAGGGCAGGAGAAGGACAAGCCUACUGUAAUCUUGGCGACGCCUAUGACUGUCUUGGAGAUUUCCAGAAAGCCAUAGAGUACCAUGAACGACAUCUCAAAAUUUCCAAAGAAGUGGGAGACAGGUCAGGAGAAGGAAAAGCGUACUGUAAUCUUGGCAACGCCUAUGACAGUCUUGGAGAUUUCCACAAAGCCAUAGAGUACCAUGAACGAGACCUCAAAAUUUCCAAAGAAGUGGGAGACAGGGCAGGAGAAGGAAAAGCGUACUGUAAUCUUGCCGACGCCUAUGAUUGUCUUGGAGAUUUCCAGAAAGCCAUAGAGUACCAUGAACGACAUCUCGAACUUUCCAAAGAAGUGGGAGACAGGGCAGGAGAAGGAAAAGCGUGCUGUAAUCUUGGCAACGCCUAUGACAGUCUUGGAGAUUUCCAGAAAGCCAUAGAGUACCAUGAACGAGACCUCAAAAUUUCGAAAGAAGUGGGAGACAGGGCAGGAGAAGGAAUAGCGUACUGUAAUCUUGGCAACGCCUAUGACAGUCUUGGAGAUUUUCAGAAAGCCAUAGAGUACCAUGAACGACACCUCAAAAUUUCGAAAGAAGUGGGAGACAGGGCAGGAGAAGGAGGAGCGUACGGUAAUCUUGGCAACGCCUAUGAUAGUCUUGGAGAUUUUCAGAAAGCCAUAGAGUACCAUGAACGACACCUCAAAAUUGCGAAAGAAGUGGGAGACAGGGCAGGAGAAGGAGGAGCGUACGGUAAUCUUGGCAACGCCUAUGAUAGUCUUGGAGAUUUCUGGAAAGCCAUAGACUACCAUGAACAACACCUCAAAAUUUCGAGAGAAGUGGGAGACAGGGCAGGAGAAGGAGGAGCGUACUGUAAUCUUGGCAACGCCUUUAGAAAUCUUGGAGAUUUUCAGAAAGCCAUAGAGUACCAUGAACGAGGCCUCAAAAUUUCGAAAGAAGUGGGAGACAGGGCAGGAGAAGGAAGAGCGUACGGUAAUCUUGGAAACGCCUAUCACAAUCUUGGAGAUUUUCAGAAAGCCAUAGAGUACCAUGAACGACACCUCAAAAUUUCGAAAGAAGUGGGAGACAGGGCAGGAGAAGGAAAAGCGUACCGUAAUCUUGGCAACGCCUUUAGAAAUCUUGGAGAUUUUCAGAAAGCCAUAGAGUACCAUGAACGAGGCCUCAAAAUUUCGAAAGAAGUGGGAGAGAGGGCAGGAGAAGGAAGAGCGUACGGUAAUCUUGGAAACGCCUAUCACAAUCUUGGAGAUUUUCAGAAAGCCAUAGAGUACCAUGAACGAGACCUCAAAAUUACGAAAGAAAUGGGAGACAGGGCAGGGGAAGGAAAAGCGUACUGUAAUCUUGGCAACGCCUAUAACAGUCUUGGAGAUUUUCAGAAAGCCAUAGAGUACCAUGAACGAGGCCUCAAAAUUUCGAAAGAAGUGGGAGACAGGGCAGGAGAAGGAAGAGCGUACCGUAAUCUUGGCAACGCCUAUAACAGUCUUGGAGAUUUUCAGAAAGCCAUAGAGUACCAUGAACGAGGCCUCAAAAUUUCGAAAGAAGUGGGAGAUAGGGCAGGAGAAGGAGGAGCGUACGGUAAUCUUGGCAACGCCUAUGACAAUCUUGGAGAUUUUCAGAAAGCCAUAGAGUACCAUGAACGACACCUCAAAAUUUCGAUAGAAGUGGGAGGCAGGGCAGGGGAAGGAAAAGCGUACUGUAAUCUUGGCAACGCCUAUAACAGUCUUGGAGAUUUUCAGAAAGCCAUAGAGUACUAUGAACGACACCUCAAAAUUUCGAAAGAAGUGGGAGACAGAGCAGGAGAAGGAGGAGCGUACCGUAAUCUUGGCAACGCCUAUAACAGCCUUGGAGAUUUUCAGAAAGCCAUAGAGUACCAUGAACGAGGCCUCAAAAUUUCGAAAGAAGUGGGAGACAGGGCAGGAGAAGGAAGAGCGUACAGUAAUCUUGGCAACGCCUAUCACAAUCUUGUAGAUUUUCAGAAGGCCAUAGAGUACCAUGAACGACACCUCAAAAUUUCGAAAGAAGUGGGAGACAGGGUAGGAGAAGGAAGCGCGUACGGUAAUCUUGGCAACGCCUUUAGAAAUCUUGGAAAUUUCCAGGAAGCCAUUCAUUAUUAUAAGAAGACUGUUAUUGCUUUCGACCACAUCAGGGCAAAUCUCAUAUCUAAUGACGAAUGGAAGAUUACGCUCGGGAAUAAGUAUGAAAAUAUUAAUUUGAUGCUAUGGCGGCUGCAGUUUAAGGAAGGUAAAGUCAUUGAGGCACUUUUAACUGCUGAUCAUGGACGUGCGCAAGCUUUAAAUGAUCUUCUGGAGUCCAAGUAUGGCCUUAAAGGGCUACGCCCAGAAAUAGGAACACUUUCUGCAAGACCAAGUGACUUUCCUAGUUACUUACCAUCAAAUACAGUUUUCAUAGGUAUCAACGAGGGAGGAAUAGUUCUCUGGGUGAGCAAGAAAGGAAAAGAAAUCAAAACUAGAAGAACUCUGAUUGAUAUAUCCGUCACAACCUAUUUUCAGUCUCUUUUGGAAACUACACAUAUAGAAAUAGGUGUGAGAGCUGAUGUUAAUUGUGAAGAUCGCUCGUUAGGAAACCCAAACGAUAAAGAGUUAAAAGAAGAAAGAUCCUUUAAGUUAAAGUCUCAUCCUUCAUGUUGUGAGACAAAGUCGUUACAAACAUUUUACAAUGUUGUUAUAGACCCUAUAAGAGACUUACUCCUGGGCGACGAGGUUGUGGUCGUUCCACAAGGACCUCUGUAUUUGGCGCCUUAUGCUGCUUUCAAGGACUUGAAAUCUAAGUACCUCUGCGAAACUUUCAGAAUUCGUCUGCUUCCUUCACUUUCUAGUCUUCGAUUAAUCCAAAAUUGUCCAGCAGAUUGGCACAGCAAGACGGGCGCUCUUCUCGUUGGCGAUCCGUGGGUGCAGGAGGUAGUUUAUGAAGGAAUGACGCUAGAGCAGUUACAGUGGGCUAAAAAAGAAGUGCAGAUGAUUGGGGAAAUACUUCAAACUGUACCUCUCAUUGGAAAGCAGGCAACAAAAGAUGAAGUUUUGAGACGUAUCUCCUCGGUUGCUUUGGUGCACAUUGCUGCUCACGGUAAAAUGGAAACAGGAGAAAUUGCCUUGGCCCCAAACACAACACGUUCAUACGUGAAUCCAGCCAGGGAGGACUAUCUCUUAACUAUGAAAGAUGUUUUAAAGGCGCAGAUAAGGGCAAGACUUGUUGUACUUAGCUGUUGUCAUAGUGCUCGGGGAGAAGUUAAAUCUGAGGGUGUGGUCGGCAUCGCACGGGCAUUUUUGGGUGCUGGUGCUCGUUCUGUUUUGGUGUCCCUGUGGGCGAUCGACGACGAAGCUACUAUGGAGUUCAUGAAAGUUUUCUACCAAUGCUUGGUCCAUGGACGAAGUGCCAGUGAGGCCCUGAAUAAAGCCAUGAAAUCCAUGAGAGAAUCUGACCGCUUUAGCGCAGUGAAGUACUGGGCGCCGUUUGUUCUCAUUGGUGAUGAUGUAACGCUUGAGUUUGAAGGCAUCGAUUAA